AUGAAGAUUCGCUACAUGCUAAAGAUCAAAGAGCAUGCUUCCUUCUGCACCUCCACUCAUCGCGUUUCAGCAGUAUGCGAUACUUUCAUAGGCCAAUGCACAGUAAUUUUUACUUCUUUAUGUCUUGUUUCUGUUGUAGACAUUUUGACCAAGGGAUCGGGCGUAGAAACUCCCACCAGCGAACCAGGGUUUUGUGCCACUGACAUGUGGGAUGAUUGGGAAGAGGAUAAUGGUGAUUAUUGCUCAUACGGCUAUCAACGUCGCCUUAGUGAUCCUAGCGCUAAUUUAAAUAAUUUUUCACGAUACGCUUGGCCCACAAAAAGCGGUGGUGAUGCGAUUGGUUCGGCGGUUGUCAAAGCACGCUCCGAAAACGAGGGCUUAGAUUCGCUAGCUAAUGAAGUCUCCGAAAUAGAAGCAGGCGAUUUGAGAGACGCCGCUCCGGUUGAAGAGAUUAAUCGCAAAGAUGACGAACAAUGCCUUGAUAAUAAUAAUGCAACAGAUUCGACCACCGAUCUAACACACUCAGACACACGAUUACUUGAAAUACAAAAUAAUUUGGAAUCCAGAAUUAAUAAUAUGAACGUACAAAAUUCUCAACAGCAUGUUGUAAUGGAAUUUUCAAAUGUUAACAAAUUACAUAUUGGUUCGGUUUACAAUGUACAUAAUGAAAAUAACGCCAAUAAUAAAAGAAAGAAUGUACCUGCAGAUCAUAUUUACGAUUGGAAUCGAAAAACUACCACUAUUGUAGCGAUGAUGCAGUCUCAAGAAGAACCCAGUCAUCGAAUAAUUGAUACGAUAGCAACACGUUUAGUAGAGGGAUGGAAGAUGGUUAUGCGAGAAUUGGGUUUUUCUGACGGGCAAAUUUCCCAAGCAAUUAUAGAUCAUCACAUUCAUGGCAAUAUAAAAGAGGUGUGUAUCAAAUAA